AUGUCGAAACUAGAGAAAGGUUUUUGGAUUGUAAAAUAUCAUUUGUUACUUAGAAUUUAAGUUUUCUUUCUUGAUUGUGAUAAGAAUUAAAUUAAAUAUUUGAUAUCAUAAGAUUUAGAAAAGCACUACUCAAAGAAUAAUGUCUGCCAUUUCACCAUAAGAGUAUUACCUCUAAAAUAUGAUUCUUAAACAAAUUUUGAAUUAAAACCUGUUGUCAAAUUUGACUAUGAUAAUAUAUUUUCAUAAGAGUAGUUAUACAACUGGUAAGUAGAUAAAGAAACUAUAGCAGUAUUUGGAUGGGAUAAUGAUUAGUGUAAAUCUGAAAUUCUUCUUAUUAAACCUCAUUUAGUGGAGCGGAAUUCUAUAUUAUUCACACUUAAUUUUAAUGUCAUACAAAACAAUAAAUGUAACAAAUUGGAUUAACCCUAACUAAGUUGCUAUUUGGGUAAAUUGUAAUGAUUCAUCAACAAGACCAAGCAUUUUUUUUUGAUUUAAGUAAAGAUUAUAAUGGUUAAAACUGGUUAUCUGAGCCUUAAUUUAUAGCAACUUUGGUAAUCAUUUAAACUUAAAAAUCACUAGGUUAGAGAUUAAUAUAUUGCUAAUGAACCAUCAGUUUUCAUGGAUAUUUAUCAAUUUCAUUUAGGAUCUACUUAAGUAAUUCAAAUGAG